UUUUUCAAUAUAACCUCACACAGCCCAACGCUAGCACAGCUCUCUAGUGAAGCAUACAUAGGUCCAUUGCUUUGCUUGCUUCAAGAAGCUUAAGCUAGUUAGCUCGAGGUAGAAGAAGACAGUACCAUGAGAACCAUCGCAGCGAGAAACCCCCAUGACUCCCUCUCCUCCUCCAGGAGGCACUUCAAGUGGCCGGUUCUUGGCAAGAGCAAAAGCCAUGGCGCCACGAUUGGAGACGAGGAGUACAUGAAGAACUCUGAGGCGGAGGAGGAUGAGGCGACCAUGGCGUUCUCCUCCGCCUGUCCGUCCUUCCACUCCGAGGACUUGGUGUCCCCUCCUCUGAAGGUGGCGCCACCGCCGGCGCAGCAGCACCAGCAGCCGCAGAGGAAGGUCCGGACGGCCGUGUCGCGGCUGCGCUCCGCGCUGGCCAAUGCCGUGGCCGGCCGGCACCGGCAGGUCGGCCUCGGCGCGCGGCUCACCGGAACGCUGUACGGCCACCGGCGCGGGCACGUGCACCUCGCGUUCCAGGUCGACCAGCGCGCGUGCCCGGCGCUGCUGCUGGAGCUGGCCGCGCCCACGGCGACGUUGGUGCGCGAGAUGGCCUCGGGCCUGGUGCGCAUCGCGCUCGAGUGCGAGCGCGCCAAGGGCUCCGCGCUCCCGACCCCGACAGCCGCGCCCACCGCCGGCGGCAACGGCAAGAAGCUGCUCGAGGAGACGGUGUGGCGCGCGUACUGCAACGGCAAGAGCCGCGGGUACGCGGUGCGGCGCGAGUGCGGCGCCGCGGACUGGCGCGUGCUCCGCGCGCUGGAGCCGGUGUCCAUGGGCGCCGGGGUCAUCCCCGCCGCGAGCUGCGGCGGCGGCGAGGGCGACGUCAUGUACAUGCGCGCGCGGUUCGAGCGCGUGGUGGGCUCUCGCGACUCGGAGGCGUUCUACAUGAUGAACCCGGACAGCGGCGGCGGCAGCAAUGGCAGCCCCGAGCUCAGUGUCUACCUCCUCAGAGUCUGAUCGACCGUGUGCUCGUUCACUUCACUUGUGUGUUGAUCACGUAUCCUUUUUUGUGCAUGUCAGGCUGUUGGAUUAGGCAGGUGGCGUUUAGAUUUAGAUGGAAAUGGAAAUCUUUCUGUUGUUCAUGUGGUGAUCAAAUGUUUGUUGAUGCAGAGUGUUAGGUUAUGGUGAGACGAAAGUGAGAGUAGGGAGCCAUGCUAGAGUGUUAGCGUGUAAUGAAUGCUCUAUAACUGAAUAGUGCCCAGUAAACCAACUAGGGUUGUAGUACUUGUGCUGCAUAUGUUGUAAUGAUCAAUAAAAUUAGCUUAUUAGGGCUCGCCAAUAUUUUAGCGAAACGUUCCGUCCACAAGUUGGUGAAAAAAUAGCAUGCUCAUGCCAACAUAGGGCUGGGCGAGCCAAUUAUUGGAGACCAUCCAAACACCAACUGCCUGUGGGCGAGCCAAUGUUUUGACGGGUCAGUGUGGGCAGUAAUCCAGACGUGCUCUUAAUAUGUAUCCUUUUCUCCUUUG